AAAUCAACGUUUUGAAUAUGUGGAUAAACUAGAGUUAAAGAAACCAAAUGAUAAUAUAUUUGAAGUACUUGCGACUGUUGCUAUAAGGAUGAAAAAAAUGAAAAGAAUCAAAACUUACAACAACGAAAUUAUGCUAUUAUGUUUGCCCGAGUGACCUUUUAUCCAACGCUAUUUUAUAAUAUGGUGAUGGAAAAAAUUACAUCGCGACGGUGGUAUGAUAGAAUUGAUGAGACUGUUAUACUCGGAGCUUUGCCAUUCAAAAGUAUGACGAAAAAGCUGAUUGAAGAAGAAAAAAUCGCUGCUGUAGUAUCUAUGAAUGAAGACUAUGAACUUAAAUUAUUCUCUAACACGGCAGAGGAAUGGGCGAAGUAUGGAAUAAAAUUUUUACAACUAUCAACGACAGACAUUUUUGAAACACCAUGUCAAAAGAAGCUGGAAAAGGGAGUAGAUUUUAUAAACCAAUUCAACGGCAACCUCGACAAUAACCCAAAUAAUGAAGGUAAAUUACCGGGAAGAGUUUACGUUCAUUGUAAAGCUGGAAGAACCCGCAGUGCUACUCUUGUUGGUUGCUAUUUGAUGAAGAAGCAUGGAUGGACGCCCUCAGAAGCUGUCGAUUACAUUAAGAAUAAAAGAGAGCAUAUUCUAUUACAUACUGCUCAAUGGCAUGCAUUGAAAACGUUUCAUCAAAGUAAUUUACAAAACCAAAGAUAGUACAAAAAAAUUGUUCAUUGAAAAUUCACCUGUUAAUUACGUAUGAUACCGAUUUAUUGAGUAAAGUAUCACAAAUAUUCACUCAUCUUCAUUAAGAAAUGCUAAUUAUUUACUGUUAUAACUAUGUAUUUACAA